UUCCAAAUUUGCCCGAAUCCUCUCCACAAUCGAGCCCGCCUAACCCCGUUCCGUGUAUCUCUCGAGCUCCCCCCCGCGGCGGCGCACAAUGGGGGCCGCCAACGACGACGCCGUCAAGGAGCUCGGCCUCCUCAUGGAGCAAGUGGAGGCGCCGCUGAGGAGAUCGUUCCAGAAUGUGCACCAGGGCUAUCCUAAAGAAACAUUGAGACGCUUCCUUAAGGCUAGAGAAUGGAAUGUUUCCAAGGCUCAUAAAAUGCUUGUAGAUUCUUUGAAUUGGAGGAUUGAAAACGAAAUUGAUAGCGUACUGGAGAGACCUAUAGUCCCAGUAGAUUUAUACAGAUCAAUACGUGAUACACAACUUGUUGGACUCUCAGGAUACACCAAGGAGGGUCUUCCAGUCUUUGGCAUUGGUGUUGGUCAGAGCACAUAUGACAAAGCUUCGGUUCACUACUAUGUGCAAUCUCAUAUUCAGAUUAAUGAAUACCGUGAUCGUAUAAUUUUGCCCAUGUUGGCGAAAAAGUUCGGGCGUCCUAUCACCACCUGUGUAAAAGUUCUUGACAUGACUGGUUUGAAGUUGUCACAACUGAGCCAAAUGAAGAUACUGAGUUCAAUAUCAACUGUUGAUGAUCUGAACUACCCUGAAAAGUCAGAGACCUAUUACAUUGUUAAUGUUCCAUAUAUAUUCUCUGCAUGUUGGAAGGUUGUGAAGCCCCUAUUACAGGAGAGGACAAAAAAGAAGGUUAAAGUUUUGACUGGUAGUGGGAGAGACGAACUUCUGAAGAUUAUGGACUAUUCAUCUCUGCCCCAUUUCUGCCGACGUGAGGGAUCUGGCUCAUCUAAACACUCAUCUAGGGGUAUCGACGACUGUUUCUCCCCUGAUCACCCUUUCCACAAAGAGCUCUAUGGUCACACCAAGGAGCAAUCAUCGCACAAGGAGCUCCUCAAGAUGGGGUCAUUGCAUGUCAACAUCCCCGAGCCCGACCCAGACGACGCCAAGAUCGUGGAGGUCAUCGAGGCCGAGUUCCACAAGAUGGGCGAGCAGAACGGAUCCACCAAUGGGCACACAGUCUAGCGUCCAAAAAAGAUGGAACAUGGCCAUCUGCACAAACAACCUUAACCACCAGUGCCAGUGACCUCUCCUGAUGAAAUGAAAAAUGAAAUGGAUGACUGUUUGUUUGUCUGUAAUUGGUUGGCUGUUCCCCCCAAAUUGGUUGGGGGGGUAAUAUAUAUAGUGGCAAAGGAGGCCUCAUCGGCAUUCCCAUGAUGCAAACCCGCCAGCUUGGGGAUCAUAGUUGUUGGAGAGAUCAGAGAUGUUACCAGAACAGUGUAUAUUAGCAUAUAGAACAUACAUACAUGUGUUAAAACUGUUAUGGAGGAUAAUCCAUGGAUGCUGUUGUCAUGCGAUGAGAUGUUAUAAGGCUUAAA